GCAUCGCGGGUUCCUCCGGUAACGGAAUGAGUUCCGAAGUUCCGAUCAAAACCUCAUCCGUCGGGUCAAGUGUGGGGGCCGCAACCAUGACGUCUUUCUCGAUGUCGAGCUCGAUCUUCGGGUCGGCCCCUCGACCCAUUUCCGGGCUCGAAACCACGGGGGACUACCCCGUUGGUAAUUCGAACCCAUUUCUUGGACCGACUGUGGCUUCGACCUCGACGGUCAAUUUUGGACCGAACGCGGGUUUCCCCACACCGGUCAAUCCAUUCGUUGGACCUCAUUGGGCGAGCAACGGCCCUUUCCUCCAUACGCCCAAUGCGGUUGGGCCGAUUUCGGUGCCCGCUAGUUUGGUCCAAAGGCCACCGAAGUUCAAUGGCACGAACUUCAAAAUGUGGCAACAAAAGAUGACGUUCUUCCUGACCGUCCUAGGAUUUGCUGAGUACCUGCAGCAAGAUCCUCCCCAGCCCAACGAAGCCAACGACCCCCUCGUGGCGAUGGUGAACCAAGCAUGGUACCACAACAACUAUCUCACCAUCAACAUUAUCCUUGAGGGGCUGGGAGAUACGCUGUACCCCGUCUACGCCGGUGCAAAGCUUGCCAAGGAGCUUUGGAACAACUUGAACAAAAAGUAUCAAGCUGAAGAUGCCGGCACGAAGAAGUUCAUCAUCGGGAAGAUGCUAGACUACAAGAUGGUCGACAGCAAAUCUGUUGUCGCCCAGGCUGAGGAGCGUACGAUAAUCUUCAACAAAUGCAAUGAAGAAAAAGUAGGCGUCAGCGAGGCCUUCCAAGUGGCGGCCAUCAUCCACAAACUUCCCCGGUCGUGGGAAGAUUUCCAAGUCGACCUCAAGCUCAAAAGAACGCAGCUGAACCUGGAGCAACUGCUCACGCGAUUGAGGAUUCGAGAGGAAGGGCUUGCCAGAAGAGGUGGAGGGGCAAAGGCCAAUGUUGUAGAACAUCCGUCGGGCUCUUCACAUGGCGGGAAGGACAAGAAGAAAAUAGGUCCUAAAGGUGGUAUUUCAAAAUUUGCAGGGAAGUGCUACAACUGUAACAUUACCGGGCAUCGUUCCUCUGAUUGUAGGAAAAAGAAGCCACAAAAGGGAAAGAAGAAAACCAUUGAAGCCAUGUGUGCGGAGCUUGACAACUUGGACCUCUGCGCGGUCGUUACCGAGGUGAAUCUCGUCGGGUCAAACCCGAGGGAAUGGUUUGUGGACACAGGGGCCACACGCCAUAUUUGCUCAAACAGGAGCAUGUUUCACGACUUCCAGGAGACCUUCGGUGACAAGGAAAACCCAACCUGGGUGGUACCUGGGUUCAAUGGGACAACCUACUUGUGGAACGAAGCACAGUCACUGUGGGGGCAAGCCGGAUCACCGAUUUAACACCCCUCCGUUCCUACUGAGAUAUAGCGACUCCCGAAAACGAUGAGGUUAGCAUGACGCUUUAAUGAUUCUUGAA